AGCCUGGGUUGUGCACCAAACAUUGAGUUGAGUGAAUCACCGACCAAGCUGUUGCACCGGGGACUCGACACGUCUUCUAUUUCAAGAGAGAGCCAUGGGUGUGACACAUGGUCUUAUCUUGUCGGUUUGUGCUGGUGUUUGUGCUGCCACUGCAUCAUUAUGUGCCAAAUUGGCAAUGUCUGGGGAGGAGGUUGCAGAAUUCUGUAGCUAUCUUCAUGAGAUUGUGCAGUCAGAUUUAAUACCACCAUGUUCUGUGAUUGCUUUUGCAAUGCGAAUAGGAGUGUUUUCUCUCAUUUUUAUCUUCAAUGGACUAAUGUGGACUUUGUUUACCAAGUCAAUGCAGCUGUGUCCAUCAUCAUUACAUGCCACCAUGACAAACAGCUCAUCAAACCUCAUAUUUAGUGGAUUGAUGGGUCAACUUCUCUUUGGCGAAACACUUUCACUGAAAUGGUGGUUUGGUGUCUCCCUAAUCAUUGUGGGGUUAUUCUUUGUCAACAGAGGGCAGCAGACCAGCAAUGACAGCACCCCUCAAGUCCAAUCCCAUCUACAAGAUGACAAAAAGGAUAGAUGACACACAGAAAUUAAAGAAACAUUAAUAGAGUGAAGUCUGACCAAGUACACCUUCCAAGAUGAAUAUUAAAGCGGAAUCAAUGUUUCAGACCAGAACAUGAUGCAUUAUUCACGUCAUCCAAGUGGAAUUUCACCUUGAUUGAAUUUAUGUGGUCCACAGGGAAAGGCAGAUUCAUUUGUACUCUGUUUCUCAGUUGAUUCUCCAGAAAGAAGCCCCAUAUGAAAGAGAUUUUGUGCACUGCUAUUAUAAGCUCAAAUGAAUUGGCAAGUGAAUGAAUCCCUGCCCUUUGAAAUACGUACUGUACACAAGGUCUGGAAUUCAAAAUUACUGUUCUUUUCUUCAUUAUUUGGUGCAAAUAUCGUCAUAAUUCAUACAACAUUGUGAGCACCUCAUAAUGCAGAGAACAGCUUGAAUACUCCCCAGGGUGUGAAGUUUGUGCAUACAUUCUGUGUGUCAAGUCUGAUUAGAACUGACUACUUGACCCCUUGCAUUUACUCAUAUAUGAAUUGCCUUCGAUGUAUAGUUCAUUGUUAAAGAUGCUAUAUAUUUUUCCUGAAAACUUCCACAAUGUGCUUCUUAUGUUUUUUAUAUGAAUUGUUUAAAAAUAAUUUAUAAGAUUAGACCAUGUGGAUUUAGACUAAGUCUUGACCAGGAAAAAUUUACAUAGGGGCUCAAGGUGAUUUAACCCCUGACAUGCUCAAAAGAGCCCCUGAAAAUCCCUAUUAACUGCAAUGUUAAAGGCUUAUCCAAUGUUGCUAAUUUAGGCAGGAGGUUGUGGAAAUAGCUCCCUUGAAUAUAAAUUAAAAAGAACGUUUUGCCUGGUCUUGACUCCAAGGAAAUGGAUUGGUGAUUUGAGUGGUUUAUAUUCCAUCAGUAUAGAAGCAGAUGUCUAAUUCUGAAAAAGUCUAAUGCCCAGUUUGUCUUAUUCCAAUUUUGUUUACAUGUACUUUGGCCUAUCAGGGGAAUAGAGUAUUAUAGCGAUGAUGUCACUAAACACCCUUUUGUGCAUUUCAGCAUUUUCAUAUCAUGUCUCAAAGGAGCAUGAUGAAAAACAUCCACAAGCCAAAAUUGAUGUAAGUCGGUCCACAGGUGCCCCAAGUCUUAUUCACAUUGAAUUCAAAAGCUGGGGACGAUUAGAGUUAGAUUUGGCGCUACACCUGUACCUUGAGCCAGCAUGAUUGGUGUGUGGAGUUCUAUUAUGCUCUUCCAAAAUAUGGUCAUGAAAAUGCUGAAGUGCACAAAAUGAAAUCGGAUUGACGUCACACUUCGGUACUCUGUUGUACAGAAAAGACCAUGCAGAAAUUGUUGGUGCAUCCAAAGGUGAUGGCCAUAUAAAGAAUUGCACAAUGGCAUGAAGAUUAUAUCUGACCAUCAGAAACAUAUCUUUCAUGUACAUACAGAGAUAUGUUUGUCAUAAGGCCCCCAUUCUACAGAAGGGAGACUUAUGAAGGACCUUUGAAAGACCACAAGUUUACAAGGUCUUAUAGCAGUCUCCAAGAUCACUAAAACUUGUCUUCUCUAUGGAGUAGCUCCGAAAGACUCCUCAAAGAACUCCAAAAGACUGAUUGACACUUCUUGUCUUACUGGACUGAGACUAGUCCUAUAGAUAUCUUUCAAUGGUCUAUCAGAGGUCUUUUAUGCAACAUUAGUCUUUCAGAAUUCUUUCCAUGGACUUUUCCUGGUCUGAGUUUCAAUGAUCUUUUAAUGAUCUCAUGAGUCUUCAGUGAUCUCCGCAAAAAUCUUGAGAGACUGUCAAAAGAUCAUGGAAAGACUAAUAAGAGCCUUUGAAAGUUAAUCAAGAGACCGCUGAAAGACCAUCAAAAUACCAUUUUCAUGAAAGACUGCUGAAAAACUGUUUUGAACCGUUUCAAAAAGUUUUGGAGAACAUGGAGACCACUGAAAGAUAAAUCAGUAUUUGUGAAAGACCUCAGAGAUCUUUUGAAAAUUCAUUAAAAGAGCUUUGUAAGAUCAA